UGUUUCAGGGUGGCUCUGAGUACUUCAUUUCUUCGGAGGGGAAUACAGUGUUGUUAUUCAAGAUGCAGUUCAUGCUUCUAUUCAGUCGACAAGGCAAGCUCAGGCUUCAGAAAUGGUACGUGCCUUUGUCUGAUAAGGAGAAAAAGAAGAUCACCAGAGAGUUGGUGCAGACGGUCCUGGCUCGAAAGCCCAAAAUGUGCAGUUUUCUGGAGUGGAGAGACCUCAAGAUUGUAUAUAAGAGAUAUGCCAGCCUGUACUUCUGCUGUGCCAUAGAGGACCAGGACAACGAGCUCAUCACACUGGAGAUCAUCCACAGAUAUGUGGAGCUGCUGGACAAAUACUUUGGCAGUGUUUGUGAGCUAGACAUCAUUUUCAACUUUGAGAAGGCUUACUUCAUUCUGGACGAGUUCUUGCUGGGUGGGGAAGCUCAGGAGACGUCCAAAAAGAAUGUAUUGAAGGCUAUUGAGCAGGCAGACUUGCUGCAGGAGAAUAUAGACUUUCAGAUGCGUCUGUUUGCAGGUGUCAUGGUCCCAAAUAUGGUCUCUGAGUCCUCUGGUCUUUUCCAGAAUUAGGCCCGCUGAGCCCCGUCAUGAGUACUUUAAUGUGCCUGUGUACUGAUUGGCUGCCAUCGCUGCUGCUGCUGCUGCUGCUAUCCACCCUGCAUGCUGAGCUCCUCAGUGCCUGGCGCCUUUCUCUCUGCCGCCUGAGCCCCUGUCAUUGUCAUUGGUUUGGGACUGUAACAACAUAAUUCCAUAAUGUGACAGUCAUGAUCAGAUAUUCUCACAAUAUUACAAGUAAAUUGAAAACUACAGUAACUGGUAAAAACAUUAGGCCGGAUUAGACAUUUCAUCUGGAGAUCAGUGUUCUGGUACUAAGGUUUGAAGAUUUAACUUUGGAAUGCCAUCCAUUAAUGCAGCAGUUACUCAUCAAUAUGUUUAUUGAUAAAACGUACUUAAUUUGGUGGUAACAUAUUGUUGCACCAGUUAAAAAUCUCUCUUUAUUUUUAUAAUGUAAAAAAAUUUGCAUCAUGUGCCAUCAUGACCCAAAAGUUUUUACUCACCUUUUCCUUGAGCCAGUUCCACCGGUUUUGAGCAAACUAUUGUAAUCAAGGAUGUGUCACCAACAGAGGGGGUUGCACAAUGCACAACAUAAGUAAAAAGUAGUAACAACAUGGCAGAUUGCUUUGAUUACUUGCAGGUUUUUGUGCUGCUAUUAUCCAAAAAAACAGGCAAGGAUACUACUGCAAGACUCCAUCCUCUCUCUCUCCUACCUGUAGAAUAUGGCACUGAUGUUGUCCCCUCAGGUCAAGGAACAUUAUAGGCAAUUUUUUUGUUCCAGCUGGGAACCAACUUUUUGGGUUCCGAACCAUUUUAUCUUUGGUCGAAAUGCCCAGAAUGGUUUAAAAUGAGGUGCACGAACCAGAACUGGGGCAUCGCUGAUUUUCUUCAGAGCUUUAAACCACUUGGCCUUUAUCGACAAAGGGAAGUAGAGCUUAAAGUGGGCUGCGUGAGAAGUUUUUUCAUUCAAAGUUUUGAAGAGUUUUAAGCAGUUUUUUUAAAAACCUGUUUCCCAGAUGAAGAAUGAACCUUCAACCUCAACAAAACUACAGGUGCAUUAUAUAAAUUAGAAUAUCAUAGAAAAGUUCAUUUAUGUCAGUAAAUCAAUUCAAAAAGUGGAAUAACACAUUAUAUAGGUCCAUUACAUACAGAAUGACACAUUUCAUGUCUUAAUUUAUAUAAUUUCUUCUUAUAAUAAUGAUUAUGGCUUACAUUUUAUGUAGACCUAAAAUUCAGUGUCUCAAAAAAAAGGAAUAUUACAAAAGACCAAUUUUAAAAAGUAUGUUUAAUAUGGAAAUGUUGACCUCUGAAAAGUAUGUCCAUCUAUAUGCACUCAAUACUUGGUUAGGGCUAUUUGGGGCUACUUGAACUACUGGAAAUGGACUUUUCAAUUAUAUAAUGUAUUGAGAUGCACCUUUAUUAUUUAAAACCAGUUGGAUUCAGCUGUUGAAGUUUCUGGUUGAAAUAAAGACAGCACACUAUUGGAUCAGGAUGGCACCUGAUUGGAAACAAUUGGUUUUAGACAUUUAUCACACUGAGGUUAUCAGACUGAUAUUACAUAGGACAAGUUAUAUCAUAAUUAUUUACUCAUGAUGGGUGUUCUUCACAGAAUCCCUACUUUUUAUGUUUAUCUUUGCUAUUGGCGCUGAAAAUAUGUGGAGGAAGUCUGCCCCCUGUGGUGCACAAAUAUGUCUAACUGUGUUGAAGCACACAGUAAGGCAUUAGUAUUUAGGUGUGAACACACUUAAACACAGAUCACAUAAAAUAAUCAUCUGAAUUCUGGCGUUACUUCACCACAGACUCCAGACUCAUCACUUCAGUGUUUGUUAUGUCCAAGAGGUGUGUUCAUCCAAUCAGUUUUGUAUUUCAUAUUUUUCCCUCAUUAGCCUUGUUUCUUUAUCAUGUGUCUUGUGGAUUUGUCAGUUACACUUUUUGUGUUUUGUGCGUCUUCUUUCUUCAAACCAUAUGUAUUUGAAUUUCAUCUUUUCUUUGCUGUGAUUUCUAGGAGUUUUUAAAUCGGAACAAACCAUAGAUCAAACCAUAGCAAACACGAGAAUAGCCUUAUAGCUUUAAAAUAGUUUCAGUGUUAUUCUUUAAUAGUUUAAAUUAUUUAUAGCUACUUUCUCAUAUUUAAUUACAAAAACCCUGC